CAACUGUACUAAAAGAUUACCGUGUGUUCAUACACGCCCCUGUUUUACAGACACUCCCUCCUUUUAAAUCGCAGAUUCGGUAAAGAAAGACUACACUUUAUCAAGCAACACAUCGCUUUUUCUUGUGCACUGACAGCUUUCUGCAUCUGCCACAUUCUCUCACUAUGGUGUCCCAUAAGGAGUUUGAGACUGCAGGGAAAGCUCCUGGUCUGCAGAUAUGGCGCAUUGAGAACAUGGACCUGAAGCCAGUGCCUAAGAAUCUUUAUGGCAACUUUUACACGGGUGAUGCCUACCUUCUGCUGUAUACCACCAACGCACCCUCGUACUAUAUACAUAUGUGGAUGGGGAAUGAGUGUUCUCAAGAUGAAAGUGGAGCUGCAGCUAUCUUCGCCACACAGCUGGAUGACUUUCUCGGGGGUGGUCCAGUUCAGUUCCGUGAGGUCCAAAACAACGAGUCACUCACCUUCCUGGGCUACUUCAAGUCUGGCAUCAAGUAUAAGCAAGGUGGGGUUGCAUCUGGUUUCCAUCACGUGUUGACCAAUGACGUGGAUGUGAAACGUUUGCUGCACAUCAAGGGGAGGAGGGCCAUCAGAGCUACUGAGGUGGAGAUGUCCUGGAAGAGCUUCAACAAAGGAGACUGCUUUAUUGUAGACUUAGGAAAGGACAUAUAUCAGUGGUGCGGCAGUGAGUGCAAUCGUUUUGAACGUCUAAAGGCCUCCCAGUUGGCCAUUGAUAUCCGGGACAAUGAAAGGAACGGCAGGGCCAAGCUGAUCAUGGUGGAGGAUGGGGCUGAACCAGAAGCUCUGACUAAAGUUCUUGGGCCCAAAUCCAGCAUCGCCCCAGCAACUCCUGAUGAUGAGGAAGUGGAAACCUCCAACAAGAAGAAGGCAGCAUUGUAUAUGAUUUCAGACGCCUCUGGCUCCAUGAAAACAUCUGUUGUGGCCCAGACUAGUCCGUUCAAACAGGAGAUGCUCUCCCUAGAUGAGUGCUAUAUCAUGGACAAUGGAGUUGAUAAGAAUGUGUUUGUUUGGAAAGGACCAAAUGCAAAUACAUCUGAACGCAAAGCGGCUAUGAAAGCAGCAGAGCAGUUCAUAAAAGAGAAGAACUACUCUAGUAGAACACAGAUCCAGGUGCUUCCUGCAGGGGGCGAGACUACCCUGUUCAAGCAGUUCUUCUCUAACUGGAAGGACAAGGACCAAACCACUGGUCCCACCAAGGCCUACACCAUUGGCAAAAUAGCCCAUGUUGAGCAGAUACCUUUCGAUGCCUCCAGCCUCCAUAACAACAAGGCCAUGGCAGCCCAGCACAACAUGGUUGAUGAUGGUUCUGGAAAAAUCCAGAUCUGGCGUGUGGAAGGAGGAGCCCGUGUCCCAGUGGAUCCCUCUACUUACGGUCAGUUCUUUGGGGGAGACUGUUACCUGAUCCUCUACAGUUACAAACAGGGAAGUAGGGAGCAGCAUAUCAUCUACACCUGGCAAGGGCUGAAGAGCACUCAAGAUGAGCUGGCAGCUUCUGCCUUCCUUACAGUCCAGCUGGAUGACUCCAUGGGAGGAGCUCCAGUGCAGGUGCGAGUGACACAGGGUCAAGAACCCCCCCAUCUGAUGAGUCUGUUCAAGGGCAAACCUAUGAUUAUCCAUAGUGGAGGAACGUCCCGCAAGGAUGGCCAGACCAAGACAGGCAGCACGCGCCUCUUCCACAUCCGUCAGAGCUCUUCUAGAGCCACACGUGCUGUAGAGGUUGAACCAUCUGCACCCAACUUAAACACCAAUGACGUAUUUGUGCUGAAGUCGGCAGAUUGUGUGUUUGUGUGGAAAGGCGCAGGUGCCAGCGAGGAAGAAAUGGUAGCUGCAAAGUAUGUUGUAAGUGUGCUGGGAGGAAAAUCCACUGAUGUGGCCGAGGGUAAAGAACCAGCUGGAUUCUGGUCAGCUCUGGGUGGGAAGAAGGAAUACCAGACAUCUCCAACUCUACGAAAUAUGGUCAAACCACCACGUCUGUUUGGCUGCUCCAAUAAGACAGGCCGGCUAGUGGUUGAGGAAGUUCCUGGAGACUUCACUCAGUCAGACCUGGCUACCGAUGAUGUUAUGUUGCUUGAUGCCUGGGAUCAGAUCUUCAUUUGGAUUGGUAUUGAAGCCAAUGAGGUUGAAAAAACCGAGUCACCAAAAAUAGCUAAAGACUAUGUGGACUCUGAUCCUUCUGGACGUCGUGGGCUGCCCAUCACAACCAUAAAGCAGGGAGCAGAGCCCCCAACCUUCACAGGCUGGUUCCAGGCUUGGGACCCAAAUAUGUGGGACACUGACCCUCUGGAGACAAUCCGAGCUCGCUUUUAAACCCAGAACUGUUCCUUUCUCUUUUCUUCAUAUAAGCACUUCUUGUGGUGAAAUGCCCAUCUCACUUAAAGGUCCAAUCUGUUGUUUUACUUGUUUAAGAUUUUGUUGGCCAUUGUGCGAUUGGUCUUGGACUGUAACUAGUUUUUAGUUACAGAUGCCAUUGUAGAAAUAAUUCAGUUAUUCAGUAAGCAAAAGAGUCCAAUAAUAGACCAAUUUGGAGUAGAUGCAACAGUUACGUCACUGUGCGUGCAUAGUGGUGGCAGAAAAACACUGCUAACAGGUGGAGGGAAAUGGGUAAAAUCCAUGUAAUAAGAGAAAAAAAAACUAUUUUUGUGCCUUUUGAUGCCAGAAUCGGAACAAAAAUUUUUAGAGAAUACUAUCGUCAAAGACGCUAUUUAAAGUUAAACGGACAAACUAUGGAUGAAAUCUGAUAUGAUUACUCUACUUUUAAAGCAUAAAUUUGAUUUAAACAAUAUGUCUACAUAAUAUUCCCAUAUGCUGUUUGUAGGGGAUGCAUUGUAUUAGCCCUAAAGUUACAGCAUGACAUAAUAUUUAAAUCUUUUACUAUAAUGAUAUAGAGUGAUAACAUUUUAUCUCACAAUUCUGACUUUUUUCUUGCAAAUGCAAGUUUAUAUGUCGUAGUUCAGAUUUUAUAACUCGAUUUAACUCAACAAUAGUGAGCCAGAGCCAAUGGAAAAAAAGAGCGAGUUGUUUUUUCUCAUCAGAAUUGUGAGAUUUAAUCUCGGAAUUGUGAGAAUAAUGUCAGAAUUUUGAAAUAUAAACUCAAAUUUACCUUUUUAUUCUUUAAUUCCAUUGCUCCAUAGACUACUACAUGAAAACCGUAAUUUUCUGCAACCAGAUAAUCUCUGCCCACAAAAAACUAAACAAAAACAUCAUCCCUGUUUGCAAACACUGAACUGGUCUAUAGUUGAGUAAGUAAAGUCAGCUGGUCAUGUGAUCUUAACAUGUCUGUCCUCAUGAGGCAAUGCACUCCAUGUAAAAUAAAACGUCUUCUUUAGUACUA